GCAAGGAGCGGGCGCAUGAUGGCGGCGGCGGCGGCUGGGAGCGCCAGCAGCGGCAGCAGCGGCGGCGGCGGCGGCGGCAGCAGCAGCAGCGACACGUCCAGCACCGGCGAGGAGGAGAGGAUGCGGCGCCUCUUCCAGACGUGCGACGGCGACGGCGACGGCUACAUUAGCAGAAAUGACUUGUUGAUGGUCUGUCGCCAGUUGAACAUGGAAGAGUCUGUGGCUGAGAUCAUGAACCAACUGGGCGCUGAUGAAAAUGGGAAGAUUUCCUUUCAGGAUUUUACAAGGUGCCGCAUGCAGCUCGUCAGAGAAAUUAGGAAGGAGGAAGUAGGCCUUUCUGAGAAGUCAGACAAUUCCUGUAAAAAGAAGAAGCUGAGGGACAGAAUUGCUUCCUGGCCCACGAGCAGUGACAACAGUUUGGGUGCCUUAUCAGCGGCCAGGGAAAGCUGGGAAUACGACUCGGGAGCCAGGGACCUCCAGAGCCCGGACUUGCAGAGUCAGUCAGCCCUACAGAAGCUUCUUGAGUAUGGGGGAAGCUCUUUGCAUCAGCAGGCUGCUGCUUUCCACAAGCUGCUCACACAGUCCCCGCGUUUUGGCAACUCUGUAGGAGGAAGCUAUCUAGAGCUGGCCAACACGCUUCACUUGGCAGCCCUGGCAUCACUCAAGGGAGAUAUAGUGGAGCUUAAUAAACGUCUGCAGCAAACGGAGCGGGAACGGGACCUUCUGGAAAAGAAAUUGGCCAAGGCACAGUGCGAGCAGUCCCACCUCAUGAGAGAGCAUGAGGACGUCCAGGAGCGAACGACGCUUCGGUACGAGGAACGCAUCACCGAACUCCACAGCAUCAUUGCUGAGCUCAAUAAGAAGAUAGACCGUUUGCAAGGCACCACCAUCAGGGAGGAGGAUGAGUACUCAGAACUGCGAUCAGAACUCAGCCAGAGUCAGCACGAGGUCAAUGAGGACUCUCGCAGUGUGGACCAAGACCAGACCUCUGUCUCCAUCCCUGAAAACCAGUCCACCAUGGUCACUGCGGACAUGGAUAACUGCAGCGACCUGAACUCGGAGCUGCAGAGGGUGCUGACGGGGCUGGAGAAUGUGGUCUGCUGCAGGAAGAAGAGUAGCUGCAGCCUCUCGGUGGCAGAGGUGGACAGGCACAUCGAGCAGCUCACCACUGCCAGCGAGCACUGUGACUUGGCUAUUAAGACAGUGGAGGAGAUCGAAGGGGUCCUUGGCCGGGACCUGUAUCCCAACCUUGCUGAAGAGCGGUCUCGAUGGGAGAAGGAGCUGGCUGGGCUGAGGGAAGAGAACGAGAGCCUGACUGCCAUGCUGUGCAGCAAAGAGGAGGAGCUGAACAGGACCAAGGCCACCAUGAACGCCAUCCGGGAGGAGCGGGACCGGCUGCGGAGGAGGGUUCGAGAGCUUCAAACUAGACUGCAGAGCGUGCAGGCCACAGGGCCCUCCAGCCCUGGCCGCCUCACUUCCGCCAAUCGCCCUGUUAACCCCAGCACCGGAGAGCUAAGCACAAGCAGCAGCAGCAAUGACAUCCCCAUCGCCAAGAUUGCUGAGAGAGUGAAGCUAUCAAAGACCAGGUCCGAAUCUUCAUCGUCUGAUCGGCCGGUCCUGGGCUCAGAAAUCAGCAGCAUAGGGGUAUCCAGCAGUGUGGCGGAGCACCUGGCCCACUCUCUUCAGGACUGCUCCAACAUCCAAGAGAUCUUCCAGACACUCUACUCGCAUGGAUCUGCCAUCUCGGAAAGCAAAAUUAGGGAGUUUGAGGUGGAAACAGAACGGUUGAAUAGCCGUAUUGAACACCUCAAAUCCCAAAAUGACCUUCUGACCAUAACCCUGGAAGAAUGCAAAAGCAAUGCUGAGAGAAUGAGCAUGCUGGUGGGGAAAUACGAAUCCAAUGCCACCGCGCUGAGGCUGGCCCUGCAGUACAGUGAGCAGUGCAUCGAAGCCUAUGAACUCCUCCUGGCGCUGGCCGAGAGCGAGCAGAGCCUCAUCCUGGGGCAGUUCCGCGCGGCUGGUGUGGGGUCAUCUCCUGGAGACCCGUCAGGGGAUGAAAACAUCACUCAGAUGCUCAAGCGAGCUCAUGACUGCCGGAAGACAGCCGAGAACGCCGCCAAGGCCCUGCUCAUGAAGCUGGACGGCAGCUGCGGGGGAGCCUUUGCUGUGGCCGGUUGCAGCGUGCAGCCUUGGGAGAGCCUGUCUUCUAACAGCCACACCAGCACAACCAGCUCCACAGCCAGUAGCUGCGACACAGAGUUUACUAAGGAAGAUGAGCAGAGGCUGAAGGAUUACAUCCAGCAGCUCAGGAAUGACAGGGCCGCAGUCAAGCUGACCAUGCUGGAGCUGGAAAGCAUCCACAUCGAUCCUCUCAGCUACGACGUCAAGCCCCGGGGAGACAGCCAGCGGCUAGACCUCGAAAACGCGGUGCUGAUGCAGGAGCUGAUGGCCAUGAAGGAGGAGAUGGCAGAGUUGAAGGCCCAGCUGUACCUCCUGGAGAAGGAGAAGAAGGCCCUGGAGCUGAAGCUGAGCACGCGGGAGGCCCAGGAGCAGGCCUACCUCGUGCACAUCGAGCACCUGAAGUCCGAGGUGGAGGAGCUGAAGGAGCAGCGCACGCGGUCCCUCAGCUCCACCAGCAGCGGCGGCAAGGACAAGGCCGGCAAGGAGUCUGCGGACGCUGCCUCCCCAGCUCUGUCUCUGGCUGAACUGAGGACGGCCUGCAGUGACAGCGAGCUGGCCGCGGAGUUCGCCAACGCCAUCCGUCGAGAAAAGAAGUUAAAGGCCAGAGUUCAGGAGCUGGUGAGUGCCUUGGAAAGACUGACCAAGAGCAGUGAAAUCCGACACCAGCAAUCAGCGGAGUUCGUUAAUGACCUAAAGCGAGCCAACAGCAACCUGGUGGCUGCCUAUGAGAAAGCAAAGAAGAAGCAUCAAAACAAACUGAAGAAGCUGGAGUCUCAGAUGAUGGCCAUGGUGGAGAGACAUGAGACCCAAGUGAGGAUGCUAAAGCAAAGAAUAGCUCUGCUGGAGGAGGAGAACUCAAGGCCUCACACCAAUGAAACUUCGCUUUAAUCGGCACUCAGGCUCCACGGUUCUGUCCGUGGAGGCUAAAGUCUAGCAGGUCGCUGAGGAGAGAGGGGCCCCAGAGGACAGAGUAACCUGUUGGGAGAAGGAGAAAAGGGAAGGUUGGCAGGUAGGUCAGCACUUGGACAAUAGAGUGCCCUGGACUCAGCCCUGGGACGUGGUGUAGACUGUAUCCAGAGGAUCCUGCCCCUCCCCUCCUGGGCUGUGGACGGCGUGGGAACCCCUGCCGUGUGUGUGCCGGCUCCGCAGGUCUUGCUUCUGCUUUCAGCACUGGCUCUAUCACUCUCCCACCUUUCUGUUCUGGAACUUGUGCAUUGGUGGUAUAAUCCAGGCAUCACCUCUUCAAGAUUUUCCAUUCUUUUCUUCUCUUUUUGGUAGACAGCAGCCUUAUCUCUGACAUCCCUAAUUUCUCCUCUUUCCUUCUCCUUCAGAGGAAAACUGCCCCGGGGGGAGAGGGGGCAGGGGGGUGGUGCGGAGACCGUGCUCAGCAUCUAGAAGAACUGCUGCUUUGUUUAUUGCAACCAGGCUUUGGUUUUCAAGUCCCAGGUAUCAACAUUUAAGACACAGGCUGUCACUCAGAGGUGUUCUGGGAUGUCAAGCACAGGCGAAUGGCACACAGGUGUUCCUUACAGUCCCAGAUAUGUUGAAGCUACAGGUAGAGCAGUUGGGUCUGAACAACUCUGUGUGGGAGAAUGAGAACUUCCUUCACCUCUCACUGUGAAAGCAGGCCUGGGCAGGCAGCUGUCUUUAGACUGAGGUUUCCCCGUCCUGGUGGAGCCUUAUUAACAGCCAAGGCUUGGAGCUGAGAGAAUCCCGCUGAUACGAGUAAGGGAACUAAACUUUUGUCAGGAGCAGAGACGCAUUAGUACUUUCCACCACCCCAGGGCACUACAUAAUUGCUGUUCUACACGAAUCAAAGCUCAUCCACAUGAACAUGUAGUUAGGUCUGGACCUGCCUCUAUUGCGCUAAGGGCAAGAGGCAGGAUGCUGAGUAGAUAAUGUUUUGCAGGCUACACUCCUCUUACAAAGGGCAGGGGGUGAGGGAAGGGCUGUUGAGGCCUCUUUUUAUCCCCCAGAGACACGGUGAUGGGUAGCAUAUGGUGUUUCAACAGGGGAAAUUUCAAGCAAAAUGCUGACAGGACUGGGCAGGAACAAAGUACCUGAAUUCUUUCAGGAAGGUCUUCCAUUUUAAAAUCAAUUCUUCAUCCCUUUUCUACUAUAACCUUCCCUGUUGCACCUUUCACUUUUUUCAGUUCUUCUGUCGCUGCCGUACGCUGACUGAUACAUCUUAAAGGACCACUUGCCAUUUAUUCUGUAGCACCUGAAGACCCACCUGAAGUCACCUAUGAGAAAUAUGCCCAAUGCCACAGUUCACUAUGUUUUGCUUAUGAUCAGGUCACUGCAUUCACUUCCCCGUGUCCAUGAGCUGCUUUCAGAGGGCAUGACACAAGUUCCUCAGCCUUCUGCACAAUGGGGCAGGACACUCUAGCCACCAUCUUGGAAGGCAGAGCAGUUCUAUCCCAAAGCAACUACCCUUCUUUCUCAGGCCAGCAGUGAGGCUGCCCCAUAUUCAAAAAAAAAAAAAAAAAAAAAAUCAACUGGUACCAGUGUGAAAGACCCAGCUUUUGGAUGCUGUGAAGUACCCACUGGCUUGUGUUUCUAUAAAAUUCAGGUAAAUUUGUUUCUGUAGAAUCAGGUAAACUUGGUUCUUGUGACAUUAAGUCAAUUUUUACUCUUCGGAUAGUUUCAUUUUGUUACAAGGAAAAUGAUUUGGCUGAAAAGUGUGUGCAAAAAAAGGUGUAACAGAUGAAAUCAUGGUUUUCCCCGUUUUUCCAACAUGCCCAGGGAAAACGUCCUCCCUAAGCAAACCGGACUGUGCAAAGCGGGGAACCAUUCAUGGCUUUCUCUUGUGUGAUUGAACAGGUAUCAAAACAGAGGGAUGGUCUUCAUUUUCACCAACACUAAAAAGUGUAGCUGAUGCAGGACCUCUGUCUACCAUUCUUGUUGCUCCAAGUGAAAACAGAACCUGCUCUUCUAGGGUCAUGGAACUCCUCCAGACCUGGGAAGUCUCAAGCUCCUACAUUAUGAGCCCCAGUAUUACUGAGCCUACUUGGCCUCAUUUUGAGUUUAUACUUCAGCAUAAUACUUUCAGAUAUAUGGUGGUUGGGUGAAAACUAUUUCCCUGGCAAAACUGUUACUUUUAUAAAUGUGUAGAAUAAAAGCUAUUAAAUAGUUGAUUACCUUUCCUUAUAUUUUUCACAUACUCCCCUAAGACACAGUCCUUGUUGAAGGUGAACCUAUGGGCACUUGGUUAUUAUGUUAAUUGCAGGGCUUACUAAAACCGCAUUGAUUAAAUAAAUGAUUACAGGUGCCUGGA